UACCUUUCACGCCCUGCAACUAGGCACACUGAAGCAUGCAUCGUAGAGUUGUCAAGUCAUCUAUGAUUUCAAAGGGAAAUCCAGCUCUGUCGGAUUUGAUUAUUUGAUCAAAAUUCUGAAAAGAAUUUUUGCGUCGAUGAGAAAAUGGCUAGUAAAAGUUACAGGAAAAGAAAAAGGAGCAAGUGAAGUGAGUCGCCUCGAGCUCCACUCCGAGAAAGGAACAGUUUGUUUUUUUUCCUCCCUUUAUCAGUCGGAAGGGACAGUGUUGUGCAUUGUGUACCCUUUCUCCGCUUUUGUUGCCCCAGAAUGGAGCUUGAGAAGGAGCACGAGCAGUAGGAUUCUCGCCGUUGUGGUUGUUGGUGCCGAGGAGGAUGGGGAGGAGGUUUCUCGGCUUGCUGGUGCCGUUGCUGUUGCUGUGGCCUUUGCAGGCGGAGUCCAGCAGUGCGGCCUUGAACGACGACGUGCUCGGCUUGAUCGUUUUUAAGGCUGGCAUUAUCGAUCCCCUCUUCCAGCUCGCGUCUUGGAACGAGGACGAGGACGACCCCUGUGGCUGGACCGGCGUCAGGUGCAGUCCGGUUAGCAGACGCGUCACGGAGCUCUCCUUGGUUGGCCUCUCUCUCUCCGGUAGGAUCGGGCGCGGCCUCCUCCGGCUUGCCGCGCUGCAAAGGCUCGACCUUUCCCAUAACAACUUCUCGGGGAGCCUCCAUCCUAGCCUUUCCCAGCUCGAGGAGCUCCGCUUCGUCGAUCUCAGCCACAACAUCCUCUCCAGGACGAUUCCCGAUGAGUUUUUCUUGCAAUGCCGGUCCUUGAGGUCGCUUUCGAUGGCUAACAAUGUCCUUUCUGGGGAGAUCCCUCGGAGCAUCGGCUCUUGCUCCUCCUUGGUUGCCCUAAAUCUAUCCUCGAACAGGCUCGUAGGUGCUCUGCCGAGGAGUAUGCUGUCCCUCGCUUCCCUUCGUUCCCUUGACCUCUCUAACAAUGCCUUAGUUGGAGAUAUGCCAAUGGGAGUCAGUCGGUUGUAUAAUCUGAGAUCGAUCAGAUUGAGUGGAAAUCGGCUCUCCGGCGGGUUGCCCGAUGACCUAGGUAGGUCUUUACUUCUGAGACAUCUCGAUCUCAGUGCAAAUUUGCUCACCGGCGAGCUUCCCAAAUCCAUGCGGAAGCUCUCACUGUGCCGCCAUUUGAGCCUGGCUUCCAACCUCUUCACAGGGGAGAUUCCACCAUGGAUUGGGGAAAUGAUGUCUUUGGAGUUCCUUGAUUUAUCCAGCAAUGGCUUCUCCGACAGAAUCCCCGAGACGAUCGCCAAGCUUCAGAUGCUCACCUCUUUGGAUUUGUCCCGGAAUACCUUCACCGGUGGCCUUCCUGACUCAAUCAAUGCGCUCGGAAACCUAAAAAACUUGGAUUUGAGUGACAACUCGCUUAUUGGGAAUCUUCCGUCGUGGAUUUUUGAAUUGGGAUUGAGUUAUGUGGAUUUGUCAGGGAAUGCUUUUUCCGGCAGAGUUCCAGCGGUUCUCGGUAGUGUUCCUGGCUUGAAAUUUUUAAACCUUUCUGGGAAUUCACUUUCAGGUUCUUUGCCUGCUACUGUUCUGGCGCUCGACAGGAUGAAAAUCCUUGAUCUUAGUACGAAUAUGAUCAAUGGAAGCAUUCCACCGGAGAUUGCGAGAGCAGUGUCUCUGAAAGAGCUGAGACUUGAGAAGAAUUCUCUGACUGGGGAAAUACCAAAACAAAUAGGGAAUUGUUCUUCCCUCACAACUCUGGUCCUGUCGCAGAAUAAUCUCAUUGGUCCAGUGCCAUCUACAAUAGCUAACCUCACCAACCUUGAGGUGGUAGACCUUUCCUUCAAUAUGCUAAGUGGCAACCUCCCGAAGCAGCUCACCGAUCUUCCCCAUCUCCACUCCUUUAACAUAUCCCACAAUCUCUUCUCCGGGGAUCUCCCUGCUGGAAAUUUCUUUAACACCAUCCCGGCUCCCUCCCUAUCUGACAACCCUGAUCUGUGUGGCUCAGCAGUGAACCGUUCAUGCCACACUGUUCUUCCAAAGCCGAUAGUACUCAAUCCUAAUACCUCCAAUUCAUCUUCCAAUACCUCAUUACCAUCUGAGAACAUUCACCACAAGAAAAUCAUAUUGAGCAUAUCUGCUCUUAUUGCAAUUGGAGCUGCUACUGUGAUUGCUCUCGGUGUGAUCACCAUUACGAUCCUUAAUAUGCAUGUACAGGAUCCUCCCCUUGGCUCUCAUUUAGAUGCUGACCCUGCCCUAUCUGAUGAAUACUAUAGUAACUCUCCAGCAAGUGAUGCUAACUCUGGCAAGGUUGUAAUGUUCUGUGGGGGGGAUUCUGGUUUCGGUGUUGGAGCUCAUGCAAUCCUAAACAAGGACUGUGAGCUGGGUCGUGGUGGCUUUGGUACAGUUUACAAGACGACUCUCCAGGAUGGAAGGCCUGUAGCCAUCAAAAGGCUCACUGUUUCAAGCCUAGUGAAGUCACAAUUAGAAUUCGAAAGGGAUGUUAAAAUGCUUGGAAAACUUAAGCACUCCAAUCUGGUGGCUCUGGAAGGAUACUAUUGGACACAGUCCUUGCAGCUCCUCAUAUAUGAGUAUGUCUCAGGUGGAAACCUAUAUAAGUUCCUCCAUGAUUGUUCCACCUCAAAUCCCAUCUCAUGGCAAGAACGCUUCAAUAUCAUUCUUGGGAUUGCGAGAAGUUUGGCUUACCUACACCGUAUGAAUGUUAUUCACUAUAACCUCAAGUCAAGCAACAUCCUCAUUGAUGGCUCAGGCGAGGCCAAGGUUGCAGACUAUGGGUUGGCCAAGUUGUUGUCUACGCUCGAUAGGUAUGUGCUAAGCAGCAAGGUUCAGAGUGCGCUUGGGUAUAUGGCACCCGAAUUUGCAUGCCGAACAGUGAAGAUAACUGAAAAAUGUGAUGUCUAUGGAUUUGGAGUGUUGCUAUUAGAGAUUAUCACAGGAAGGCAGCCUGUGGAGUACCUGGAAGAUGAUGUGGUGGUGUUGAGUGAUGUGGUAAGGGUUGCAUUGGAAGCAGGAAGAGUGGAUGAACUAGUGGAUGGGAGACUCAGCGGCAAAUUUCCAACAGAGGAGGUUGUGCCCAUUGUGAAGUUGGGAUUGGUAUGUACAUUGCAAGUCCCCUCAACUCGGCCUAGCAUGAGUGAAGUUGUGCACAUUUUGGAGAUGAUCAGAUGCCCACAUGAGCACCCAGAGGAAGAACUGACUUGAGCUUUUCGAUCUUUUGUUGUUGUUCUCAUUGUUGUUUUCUUCGACUGCCAAGGCACGAAGCUAGUACGUAGUAUGAGUGUAACGCAUAUAUUGCCUUUCUGAUAGAAGAGAGAAAAAGGGACCUUUCUUCUUCCCUUUGGCACAAAUCCUCAUGAUGCUCAAUAGCUCUCAUGAUGCUUGUGCUAAUGAAGAAGAAUAAAAGGGUGGAGAGAAACACGACUAGUAUUUUUGUUCAUGUGUGAUUUUAGAUGUGAUUUCCUUCUCAUUCAUGAUUUAUGCUCUUUCUGGAUAUUGUGACAUUGCAUGAAAAUUGAAAUCUAUCGAUAUGUCCUUUCCUAGUUAUGCAGCAUACAGUGGCAGCCAUGAAGAGUACUGAAAGACCAAAAAGAUGUCAUCAAUCAUGUAGUCUGCCUAUUCCCAGCACAUGGCUUCAUGAGUCAUGAGCACUAGGCAUGAAGGGACAGACAAUUAGAUGGAACAUUUACAAUAUCUGAAAACCUAAUGUGUGAUAAUAUUCUCUUGUACAAACAAGACUAACCAUGACAGUAGAAUAACUAUAUGGAAUGAAUCAUAUCUGUUGCUUCUAUGUCGGAAAUUGGGUAAUAAAGUCAGGUUUUGGACCACAAAACGCAAGAACAAGCAAGCUCAAGCUCACAUCAUUAUACAAGAGAGAGAAAGAGAGAGUGACAGAGAAAGGAGGAGCAAGCUGCACAUGCACUCAAUCAACACUCGACUUGAGCAGCAAUCAGAAGGCAGCUUGGAUCAAGUCAAGUUGAUUGGCUUUGGAUAAAGGUAUUCCCUUAAUUAGUUUGUUUGUUUUGUCACAGCCACAAAAAGACAGAUUGCUGUUGUGUUUGCUUAAUUCUUUUGCUGAUCAGGCUGGAAGACAGACACACUAACAAUUUGUCAGUUUUUUGUUCUGAGUCGACUGAAGUGGUGGGUGGAUUCCAGGUCAUGAAUGGAAAGUAGUGACUGUCUGCAAACACUUUACAGUGCAGCGUUUACAAUGAAAUAGUGAAAAAAAAAGAGUUGUGGUUGAGAUUGGAA